AUGCGUGCAUUCGCCACCGAUGCCAAGGAUUCAAAGGGCACUGGCGGACAAGAGCCUGCAGCGAACGACAAAAAACCGCUGUCGGAGCUUCCUCGUGGAAAUUUCUCGUUGGAUAUUGAUACCACGUCGGUUCUUGACAAAGGGGCGCUGGAGGCGCCGAAAGAUGGCGAAGGAAGGCCGCGCACCAAUGCCAAGGCGCGUGGCCAAGGCACGACCUCUGCGGAAAAGAGCCGUGGUUUCAUGAUGCGUGCUAUGCUUAUCGGUUCAUGUUUUGUUGGUGCAUAUAUGGUCUGGACGCUUGGCCGCGACUUUGAUGAGCACGAGCACGAGAUCUUUCACGACAAAGAUAACAUCAAUUCGUUCAUCGGACGGCUGAUGCUGCGCAUCCAAGCAAUGCGCGAGACGGUGGAUAAGCCCGUAUGGGACAAGUUGUUGCCAGACCCACUGCCGUUCCCAUAUUCGCGCCCAUACACUCUGGUUGUGGAUCUUGAUCAGCUGCUGGUUGCGUCCAGCUGGGAUACCGCAAAUGGAUGGCGCACUGCCAAACGCCCCGGUUUGGACUACUUUUUGGGCUACCUGUCGCAGUGGUACGAAAUUGUGCUGUUCACCUCACAACCCUUUUAUGCGGUGGACAAGAUGCUUGAAAAGCUGGACCCUGACCGCCGGUACUUUGCCUACCAGCUCUUCCGUGAGAGUUGUCGCCAGAAUGGAGGAAAGCUGGUAAAGGACAUCAGCCACUUGAAUCGUGAUCCACGCAAGGUGAUUAUUCUCGACAUUAAUCCCGAGCACGCCGCGCUGCAACCGGAGAAUGCAAUCAUCAUGGACCCAUGGAAAGGCAACAAAGACGACCGCGAACUUCUUGCGCUUGUUCCCUUCCUCGAUGCAAUUGGUAUUUACGGUGUAGAAGAUGUGCGCACGACACUCAAGGUGUAUGAAGGCAAGCACAUCACCACAGAGCAUGCCAAGAGCGAGGCAAUGCUCAAGAAGCGCCACGAAGAAGAAUGGCAAGCAAGGAAGCAGCGUCUCGGUGGACUUUCGAGUUUGUUUGGGAGCGUUUCUACGGGGCACUCUACCAAGGAGCCACCAAAGACACUGCUCGAAACCGAGCGUGCCCGCUUCCACCAGGGCUACCUGGAGGACAUGAGGUUCUGGAAAGAGAACGGCGAGAAGCUGCGCAAGGAAAUGUUGGAGGAGCAGGAGAAGCAGUUGCAGCAGAUGAAGAUGAAUGCGUGGGACGGUGUUGCACGCAUAUUUGGUGGCGGUGCAGGCACGCCCCCGCCCCCUCAGGAGGAGCCUGCGCGGGCCUAA